AUGGACAAGUACGUGAAGGAGGCCGCUACUAAGGUCAAAGACACUAAAGACUUGGUGAAGGAUGCAAUCAAGUCAAAGAAGGGAGGUGAACAUAGUGGUAGUGACAACAAGACUGAGGGCGAGCGUUCGCCUCCACCACAACGACUCAACAGCGAUCUGUCCAAGAAGCAAUUGAAGAAGGUCUCGAAGCGCAGUACAUUCCGUCAUCCAGGCUUCUACGUGAAGUUUGCCAAGGGAUUCGCGACCUAUCUCGAGGGCUGUCUGUGUGCAUUCCGCAAUCGCAAGAUGGUCACACUCUACGUCCAGACGAUACAGAUGGCGUUGAUCGGCAUUGCCGCCACCUACCUCAUCCUGAUGAUUGCCACACUGCCCGCACGCAUCAUCCUUCACAUCAUCUCCACACUGUUUGUCAAGACUGCGCCCUACCUUACCAUCGUCCAAGAAGUACUCUCCCCACUCAAUCUCUUUGGCAAGAUUGCAAUGUUCGUCCCAAUGGUCUUCAUUGGAUUCCUUCGCUACAUGUUGCCAAGCUAUAACGAAGAUGUCUUCUUCACAGUGAUGGAGGGCAAGAACUCCGAGCUUGCGGACUUCCUUCGCAAGGCACCCAUUGUCAAACAGUAUCCAUUCAUGGCCUACUUGAAGCGUACUGCCACUCUACUCCUCCUUGGUAUUGUAGUCUACCUACUCUCCCUUCUUCCACACGUUGGUAUUGUGGUAAUCGCAGUGUCACAGUACAUGUACAGUCAUGAGCCUCUUGGUAAUGGAAUGGCAUUCGUAUUGGCUAUGCUCUCUUUACAUCCAGCAUUGGAGAUACCUGCCAAACACUUUUUGAAAGCAUUGAUGGCAUCGUAUUCAUUGGGUAAAGAGAUGUUGGAGGUAUAUUAUUGCCGUGUACCUGAUGCCAAACAAGAGGUCUAUAUGAACCGACGAUAUUUUGGAUGGAUAUUCGGAUUCUCUGUUAUGGCCAUGUACAGUUUAUCAUUCCCCUACAUUGGAGUACUGUUGUGGGGUGUUGCCCAAGGAAGUACCGCCAUACUUGUACUGAACAUACUCAAGCGAAACACAUUGAAGGAGCAAACAUUGAGCGAAGGUGUCACUCAUCUCUUUGGACAGGAUCUAUGUGGCGCCAAUGAGCUCAAGAAACAGAACUAA